AUGUUAUUGGAUUUGCCAGAGGAUGCCUUGCGUUCUGUGGCGCUUCAUCUAGAAGCUCCGGACGUUCUGAGCCUUCUUUCCACCCAUAAGGAUUUCCAAGAGCCCAUUGGGAGAUCGGCUACCUUUUGGGGCCAACUCCUUGCUCGGGAUUUUGAUCUGGCUGCAGGCAGUAUUGCAGAGAAUACCAGUCCGCGUCAGGAAUAUCUCACAAAGGCGUAUGUGGAUCAUUUGCCAGCAGCACGCUGGUAUCCAAUUCGCCGAAGGCCAGUCUCGGUCUCGGCGCGAGAAGGACACUUGGCUUGUGUUCUGCCGGGUCCAGACAAUGAACAACGCGUAGUCAUAACAGGAGGAUACUCCGAUGAUGAUGAAGUCUACAUGAUGCGAGUGCCUUCGAAAAGUAAGACAAACAACACGGUCCAGACUUGGUCCUGGGAAAGUCUCAUGCCCGGAAACAGUCGACCUAGUUUUACCUAUGGAGCAAGUUUGAAUGCGCUCGAUGCUACCACCAUGAAAGAUGGAUGCCACGUAGCUCGUGCCAUUCGAUUUGGAGGCUUCCAGGCGGGUGGUUACUCCAAUGAGGUCAAUCAAGUCUGGCUCAUGACUGCAAGAUCCGAGAAAGUGGACGACAAAAAUUCGCCGAAUCCUCUUCCAAGGAGCACAAGUGUCUCUUGGGACUUAAUCCAGACUACCAAUCCUCAAUGUGGGGCACCAAGGGCCUAUCAUACUGCAACCUUGAUCGCUGGACGUUAUCUAGUAAUUUUGGGUGGAAUGAUGUGGCGAGAAUCCAUCCUUAGUGAGGCAAUUUUGGAUACCCAGACUUGGACUUGGAUUACGGAUCCAAUCACUUCCUUUGGUAAUGACAAGCCGAGUGGCCGUCAUGGGCAUUCGGUCAUUCUAGAUAGUCGAAGAAAUAGAUUACUACUCUUUGGUGGAGGCAGUGGAACAGAUCUAUUGCGAUCGGGAAAAGACAACAGUGAAGUAUGGGAACUCAAAAUGAAUGACGAUUGGGAAACCAACUUGAAACUACCGUGGACUUGGUCCAAAAUACACAACGAUACCUGUACUCAGAGUGAGAUUGAUGAAGAUGAAAAUGAAAAUGGGGAAGAAGCAGAUGGAAAUUCUGACACAACCAUGCAAACAACAAGGUCAUCACCACCGCUUCCCCCAGCCGAAGCUUUGUGCAUUGGUCGGUGUCAUCAUGGCAUCAAGGUAACCCCAAAUACUGCCGUCUUUCUAUUUGGGUCAGGUCGUCCGUCUACCAAUGGAGUCAUUGGCUACGAUUUGCGCAACGAUUGCUUCUUGAGGCCAAGGAUUUCUGGCCCACUUCCAGUGCCACGAUUCUCGGGUGUCGCAGUGUACCUGGAAAGUGAAGGCUACUUGAUGACACAUGGAGGAUACUCCUCACAGCAGUCCGAUUGUAUUGAUGAUCUUAGUAUACUCGAUUUGGCACCCUUUGUGAAACGAGACUUUACAGUGUUGCCCGUGGACACUGGCCGUCGUCCGCACCGCGAGAUCACGAAUGAUGAUGCUCAGAAUGGUCGAAUAAAUAGAGGAUAUGGUGGAAACAUGUUUGAGCAGCAUCAAUUCUUGACGCAAAUUGUUUCACUGACUCGCGGUGGAUUGGUCACGCCUGCGGAGUUGGAAGAACUUCUGGCUAGCAGAGGCAUCGUUUCCAACAAUGGCGUCGUUGUUCUUGGUGAAGGGGGUGAUUAUGACAACGACGAUGAUGAUGAUGACGACGAGUAUUACGUUGAAGAGUAG